AUGGUCUCAGAACAUCACAAGGCGGUCCUGAAGGGCGUGAGCCUGAAGGCUGCCAUCGCCGAGCUGGUUGCCACGACGCUCUUCGUAUUUAUCGGAUGCGGGACGGCGUCCACCUUCUCCGCCACCCAAGGACCAAACGGCUUCACCCUGGGAGGUGCCGACCGAUCCAGCGGAAAUGUUGUGCAGGAUAUAACUCUCCUCACCGACUCCAUUCUGACCAACGGCAAUUGGGGAGUGACUACUGCUCUGGCCUUUGGUCUUGCCAUCACCGUGCUGGCCUAUGCCACCAGCCACCUGUCAGGCGGGCAGCUGAACCCUGCCGUGACCCUGGGCCUGGUGCUCUCCGGCGCCCUGUCCGUGGCCCAGGGCAUCCUGAACGCGAUCUCCCAGUUCGUAGGCGCCAUCCUGGGGGCCGCCUUCAUCCGCGCCAUGCUGCCCAACGGUCGGAACUCGGUGCUUGGCACCAACGCCACCGCCCCCGGGGUCAGCACCGGCAACGCCAUCUGCGGCGAGAUCAUCAUGACCUUCACCCUGGUCCUGGUGGUGCUGGAGACGGCCAAGAACAAGAAGUCCACCGUGUCCAACAAUGCGCCCCUGGCCAUCGGCUUCGCCGUCUUCUGCGCCCACGCCGUGCUGCUGCCCAUCGAUGGCUGCUGCAUCAACCCUGCGCGCUGGUUGGGCCCUGCCAUCGUGUCGGGCACCUGGGCUGGCAACUCCUGGCUCUUCGUGGUGGGGCCCUUUGCGGGCGCCAUCCUCACCGUCCCCUUCCACCUCUUCUUCCGCUCCGACUGGGACACGGGCCGUGUGACGGGCGACCCCCUGAACGAGGCCCCCUCCGCCGCUCUGCCCUCCCACAUCGGCCAGGCGCCACUGGCCAGCAACCCUACAUACGACAAGUCGGGAGGGGGGGAUGGGUCUUGGCACCGCCAGGCCAGCCCAGCCCUCAGCGACCCCCUCUUGGGCCCCUUCACCCCACAGAACCCGGAGCUGACGCAGCGGCGGCCCACGGAGGCCAGCGUGUGA